AUGAGUGGUGACACAGAGUCAGAUGAAAGGUGGAAGAGUACGGGUAUUGUCCAACGCCUUAAUAGACGCACAGUUGUAACCAGUAGUGGGUCGGUGUAUAAACUCAUUGGAUCUAUGAAGAAAGCUCUUGCUCUGGAAGAAGAGAAAUUGACAGCAAAAACCAACAAAAUUGAAUUGAAAACAUUUCAAGGUUACAGGAAAUCUGAGAUACAACAUUGUAGAUGUAGGGAGAAUAUACAUGAUGAUUCUGAUGAGAAUCUUGUAGAAAUACAGAUAAUUUUCUAUUUUGACCAGUUUGAAAUUGUUUCUUACAGUCUUCAGAUCAACACGCUUAAGUAUGAUGCCACUCCAGGAAUGUUGGAAAAGCCUUUGACUUGUAAGUUUUCCCAUUUAGAAGUUCAGGAAAAAACAGUUAUUCAAAAUACUUCAAAAAGCAGAAGUAUACAGCAAAAUAAGAAUUCAGAUAUAAAACAUUCACAGAAGAAGAAUAAACAGAAAUCAUCAGGUGGCAAAAAUGUAAAGAAGAAAAAUACUCAGAAGUCAGACUGUAAAAAUGUACAAAAGAAAAAUCCUGCCCAAAGAACAUUACAUCAAGAACAGAAUGCUUCAGAAAAGAAUGCCACCCAAGUAUCUGUGGACAAGAUUCUUAGUAGUGAAAUGCAAGUGACUCGUAGUGGACGAAGGGUCUUACCUCGAUUAGCAUGGUGGGCUAAUGAACAUGUGCAUAGUUCUCCUAUCACAGAAGAUAUAAUUUAUCACAGUAUUUCACCAAACCACGAUGUAUCUGUGUUGAGCACAUCUCUCUUGAAACGAUGUUCAGGCUUAAAUAUAAGUCAACAGUAUAAAGGCAAUUUAGGCUAUAACAGCAGUCUUCAAUCAAAGAGUAAAAAAACAUAUCUCCAGGAAACAAAGAGGAAUUUAAGACCUUUAAACCAAAGUCAAGAAGCACAAGUAGUGGAGAUGAAAAAGAUAAAUCAUGAUGUUUUGAAAGACAUUGAUGUAGCAAGUUACAAUCUGAAAGAGGAAGUAAUGAGAUCAUUAAAACAAUACAGACUACCCAAGUCAAGAUUAAAAAGUAAAACGUCUUACUCUUUAUCCAAGGUAGAAAUUCAAGAAGUAAAUAAAGAGGAAGAAAGUACAGUUAACUAUGAUGCUGCUGAUGACAUGCCAGAAUGUGAAAGUAACAAUCAGUUUCAAAAUAUUUUUCAUCCUGUUCUUGAAGAAAAUGAAAACGAACAUUCCUCUAGUGUAUCACUAAAAAACCUGGAAACUGUUAAAAGAAUUUCAUGUGAGUAUCAAACAAAUCAAAGCAAACAGAUGUUGAGUCCUGUAACUGAAGAAAUUAAUAAUGCAGAAAUAGAUGAAGCAGAACCAGCACUGAGACAAAAAGAACAGGAAGGUUGUCAAACAAAUAAUAUAAAUGUUGGUAAAGACGUAAGAGUAGAUAGAGGGAAUGGACUACAAAAAAAUAAAUUAUCUCUUUCUAAUGUAAGUAUACAACUAAAAAAAAUUUCAAAUGAAAAGGAACAUGAAUUAAAACAGACACUAUCAGAUAGCAGAGAAGAAAAUGUGGAAAGCAGAAUUUGUUUAUUGAAAGAAAGUAACAAUAUUUUUGUGUGUCACAAAGCUGGUGAGAUUAAAGAGGCUACAAUAACUAAACCUGCAUAUGGUGAAAAUGAAGGUAAACAGAAAGUGUCAAAAGGAGAAAGAUCAAAAAGAUCUGUAAACAAAAGGAAUAUCACUGUAGAUGAUAAUGAAGGAGAUGUAAAAUGUGAUGAUGAUGAAGUAUCAGUUACAAGAAGAUUAAGGAGAAGACCUGUGAACAAAAGGAAUAUAAAUGUAGAUGAUAAUGAAGGAGAUGUAAAAUGUGAUGAUGAUGAAGUAUCAGUAACAGGAAGAUUAAGAGGAAGACCUGUAAACAAAAGGAAUAUCACUGUAGAUGAUAAUGAAGGAGAUGUAAAAUGUGAUGAUGAUGAGGUAUCAGUUACAGGAAGAUUAAGAAGAAAACAUGCAAACAAAAGAAAUGUAAUCACAAGUGAUGAUGAAACUGAUGAAGGAAAUGACAACUCUUUAAGUAAGCCUGUGUAUAAAAAAUCACAAGAAAGCAAAAAUGGUAAAGUAUUAGUAAUAGGAAAAUUGCAAAGAGGAUCUGUAAAGAAAAAGGAUGUAAUUACAGGCAGUACUUCCUGUUCAGGAACUGAAGAUCUUUCUUUAAUCAGGAAACAGACAGCCAGAUCAAAGUCUCAGUGUCAGUAUUCUAACUUGAAUAUUCCUGAUGAUUCUGGAUACAACUCAGCUAAUGGCACUUCUGAUUAUUCUUCAGGCACUACCAUCAAUGUGUUUUCCAAAAAAGCACCUCCAUCUAGGUAUCAGCCAUACUCAAGUCAAACAAAGUCUUCCUUAUCAUCUCAACUGAAGAAACAUGAUGUAUGUGAGUCUAAAAGACAAGAAGCUCUUACAUUGGACCUCUCUUAUAAAACUGCAGUCACUGGUGGUAAGGGAACAAUGAAGAGAAAACGACAAAUUCAUAAUCUUCUCACUCAGGCAAAUGAAGGAUAUGAAGAAGAUUUAUUUGACUCUACACCCUUCAGAAAUAAAAAGACAAAGUUUUCUGAUACUAUAUUUGACACCUUUGACAAUCUUGAAGAUAUUCCUGUCACAACUCCAAAGUUUGAAGUGUUAAAACCUUCACCUUUAUCUCCAAAAAAAACUCCAACUUAUCUAGAUCAAGACAAUCUACCUGUGUUUAAUCAAAUGAAGAAUGGCAUUAACACCUAUCUUUUCAAUCGAGAGAAAUGGAGAAAAGAAAAUUCUAGAAAUCAAAAGAGUACAAGCUCAAAAACUCCAGUUAAUGACUGUAAACAUGAUGAGAGUCGAAGAGGGAAAUUUCCAGAAAAAUUACCUCAGGUUUUAUUCAAAGUCACAAGAUCAGCUGAAAAAACGGAGGAAUUUGAAGAGAAUGAUUAUUAUUUUUCUGAUUCGGAAAGUGAUGACGAACUUGUUUAUGCCAACAUUGGUUCCAUGCCUGUACUUGCUGAUACAAAAUAAUUUUAUUCAUCCAUUCUUUUAAAUCAGACCUGACACAAAAAUUUCAAUAGCAUUCUAUUAUACUUCUUUUGGAAUAAAGAUAACCUUCAAGCAGCUAUUGGCAUGGUGUGUACUAGUUUGAAAUAAGUCAUGUGCACAAAUUGAUACUAGAUAUUAUAGUAAAUAAUGUGUUUUUCAAGCUUGUGCUGAUACUUAUUAUUAUGUAAAACAAUCAAUAUUUUAGACUUAACAAUUCAUCAUUCAGUUCAUACUUUUUAAUAAGACAAAAACAGACUUACAUUGGAUCUAAGAUUUUAACUUUUCCAUGAACAUUUCAGUUUCAAUUUUUCUAUAUGAAAAGCAGAAUUUUUUAGAUUUUCAUAUACAGAGAUAUAUAAAGUUAAGGUACUUUUUUUAGGUUUUUUUUUUGGAUGGACUGGGAUUUACAAGAUGAAUUUUUAAAUCUCUUAUUUAAUAAAUAUACCAUUGAAAGAUAUUUUCUUAAAAUAUAAUUUCUUUUUUAUUUCAUAUAUGAAUAACCUCUUAGAUAUACAUCUCUGUAUACUUUUAUUCUGAAGACUAUGUUAUUGCUCUGAUAAGUUUAUGAAAAAUGCAAAACAAUAACAUUGCUUCAUUGUUAGCUUGCACUUAGACUGGGAUAAUUCAUUCAUAUCUACUGGAAUUUACUUUGUAUUGCAAGCUCAGAAUUGAUAUAAUGUUUAGUUAAGACUUACACUGUUCAUACCUUUAAUGAUUUUCUUACAUUAUAACCUCAUGUUUAAUUAAUGAUGUCACAAAUGACAUGUUUAUUACUACUUCCUUACGUGUACAGAUGUUGUUGAGUCUUCCAUCAUUAAUUGCAAUAAAUAUGUGUUUUACAAAAAACAGAAAAGCUCAUGCUUUGUAUCAAAUGUGUCUUUCAUGAAACAAACAAAAAGUUUAUCUAGUUUGAGUUCAUCCACAUGAAGUACUUGAACCCAUGAUGCCAAAUGGUUAAAGUCUUUCCAAUUCUAUCCUGAAGGACAUUUUCGUAUUUCUACUGAAUUAUUCACUUAAGUAGAGAAUUUUUUAUACAUUUUAUAAUUAGAAAGAUAUGUCUUAGUCGUGUGUGA